UUUACCAUUUGUUGGGCAGUGAAUGUACCCAAUCGUCUAAACACUGACAAAGCUUUGACCAUGACAAUCUUACAGAAGUACAGUACAAAAUGACAUUGUGUGCAACUCUCCACUUUAACAACUACAAACGUUUGACUUUCUCUGUCGCUCAUGUGUAGAGUGAACCGCUGUAUGUUCCAGUGAAGUUCCAGGACGUACCUGCUGAGCACUCUAAUUGUCUGAUCGGAGACUGUGAAUCUUCAGCUUCCAAAAAGCAGCGGGUGCGUUUUAGUAAUAUCAUGGAGGUGCGUCAGCUGCCCUCUACUCAAGCCCUGGAGGCCAAACUGUCCCGCAUGUCCUACCCAGCUGCCAAGGACCAUGAGGCCAUGUUACGCACAGUGGGCAAGCUCACUAUCACCGACGUGGCCAAAAUCAGCUUCUUCUUCUGCUUUGUGUGGUUCCUGGCUAACCUGUCCUAUCAAGAAGCCCUGUCUGACACGCAGGUUGCCAUUGUCAACAUCCUGUCAUCCACCUCAGGCCUGUUCACGCUCGUCUUAGCAGCCAUAUUUCCCAGCAACAGCAGCGACCGUUUCACCUUGUCCAAACUGUUAGCUGUGGCUCUGAGGUAAGGGCUGAAUGGAUGUGGUGGCAGUAGAGUUGACAAAGGCACGUUGGUAGGUUACAGUGCUGAAAGUGGAUAUAUUACUUUAGUGUAGUUUCGCCUCUUUUGCUCUCCACUCUGACUGUUUACCUACAUUCAACCAAAGCCUUCUCCAAUGUGAUUGGUUAAUAUUACUCCGACUACAGACGGAAACCAGAGAGCUUCUGACACCAAAAUCAUGUCCCGUUACCGACAGAUUCUACAUAUGAAUGCAGAAUCUGUUUGUAUCGAUUAAUAACUCCUGGCAUCCCUGAUACAUAUUUCAUAUUUUUUUCCUAAGGCACCUAUUUCAACUAUGUUAUUUAAAAUUAUCUGUUUACAUGUUGAUCACAAGUCGGAUGAUUCCUUUUUGUUUCUGAGGCUCUGAUCGUAGCAGAAUUGUCACAAUGUUGUUGAUUUCAUCCGAAACUCUGUUAUUGCAGCACUGAGCCAAUAUAUAAACGGAUGCAAAAUAAAAAAGAUAAGUUCAUAUAUUAUUAAGAAAGCUGUGAGGUUUGAGGAACAGCUAAAGAGUUUAGAUCUGCUGAUCUUAGGGGCCUGGUUGGACUGUAAGGAGUUAAACAUUAUUUAAUAUAAUAUAAUCCAUCCAUCCAUCCAUUUUCCUGCCCUUAUCCGGGGUCGGGUCGCGG